CAACAAAACUCUAAAGUACAAUUAUUUCUCUUUAUACAGAACCACUCUUUGUCUAAAUAAUAAUAUUAUGUUAUCUAUAAAAAUAAGAAGAUGAAACGCCAUGAAACUAUCAACUAGUAAAUUAGAAGUAAUUUAAAAUUUUAUGAUACUACAGAAUGCUGAAGAACACUUGAAAUGUAUUAAUUAGAAUUUAAUUAAAUUGUGUCCUACUAUAUUACUGUCUAGUGCGAGUUUUGUGAAUAAAUUAAAUAUCUAUUUGCUGUUUACAUUAUUGUUAUAUUGAGCAGUGUUAUGAUUGCCAAUUUUGAAUGAUUUUAUAGUAACAAGCGAAGUAACAAGUUUGGUUGUAGCAAUUUAUUAUUUGGUUUUUGUUUCCAAAACAUCUUAUUCGUGAUUUGUUGUAUAUUAUGAUUUCUGAUUCAGUUCAAGGAGCUGUUAAAUGGAUUACAUAUACGAAUCCAGUCGUUACUAACUCAGUACAAGGGUUUAAUUCAAUGCUAAAUUGGGUUGGAAUAACAAGUUCUAGUGAAAAACAAAAAAUUAUGAAGAUGGAGAGUCAAAAUAUAUUUCAAAUGCUUGGAAAAAAUAUCUAUAUCUAUAAAAUGGCCGGCCUUUUAGGAGCAUCUGCUGUUAUAUUAGGAGCUUAUGGAGCUCAUGUUGUGGCUCAUAAAGCUAACCCUGAAGAAAUAAGAAAUUUUGAAACAGCAAAUCGGUAUCAUUUUUACCAUACUUUUGCAUUAUUUGGUGUACCAUUUUGUCGUUUUCCUAGAAUUACUGGAGCACUCUUUAUUAGUGGAACUUUAAUAUUUUGUGGUACAUGUUAUUACAACGGACUGACAGGAGAUAAAACAUUCAACAAAUAUACACCCACUGGGGGUAUGUUAUUAAUUGCUGCUUGGAUGUCAAUGAUUCUUUAGAAAAUUAAUGAUUUUAAGUUUUUACCUGGAUUAUUAGUUAAUAAAGAUUUGAUAAUAAGUUUCUCUAAUAUUGUUAAUAACACUUGAUGUAUGUGUUAUUGUAUUUAUUUAAAUUUAAAACAAUGUAUUCAUAUAAAAUCAACUGGUUUAAAUAUUGUAAGAAUAUACUUGAUUUAAGUGAAUGAAAAUUAAAUAGGACUGGUAAUAUAUUAAAAAUAUAUACUUUCUUCAUUUA